CAAGCGUACACUGAAACCCCCAUCCUGUCUGCCCCAAUACGCAGGCGCAUCUCCUCAAGUCCUAUCCCUACCAUACUCCUCUUUCUCUUCAUUUCGUUCCCCCUCCUCUUCCAGCAAUUCAGCAGGUUCAGACUCUUCUACGUAAGGGUGGCGGGCGAUCGAGACGUCACGUGAUGAGCAUCCUGCUUCCCAACAUGGCGGAGUUCGACACGAUCUCGGAACUGGAGGAGGAGGAAGAGGAGGAGGAAGAAGCGACAACGUCGUCGUCGUCGCCGUCGUCGUCGUCGUCGGUAUCGGGGCCCGACGAUGACGAGGAAGAUGAGGAGGAAGAGGAGGAGGAAGAAGAAGAAGAGAAGGAGCAAGAGGAGGAGACGCCACCGCCACCUCGCGUAGUGAGCGAGGAGCAUCUGCGGAGAUAUGCCCCUGACCCUGUGCUGGUGCGGGGCGCCGGCCACAUCACCGUGUUUGGCUUGAGCAACAAGUUUGAUACUGAAUUUCCUUCAGUUCUAACAGGGAAGGUUGCCCCGGAAGAGUUUAAGACCAGCAUUGGCCGUGUGAAUGCGUGUUUGAAAAAGGCUCUCCCAGUCAAUGUGAAAUGGCUGCUAUGUGGUUGUCUCUGCUGUUGUUGCACACUGGGUUGCAGCCUGUGGCCUGUUAUUUGUCUCAACAAAAGAACCAGAAGAUCAAUUCAGAAGUUGUUAGAAUGGGAAAAUAACAGAUUAUAUCACAAGCUUGCUUUACACUGGAAGUUGACUAAAAGGAAAUGUGAAACUAGCAAUAUGAUGGAGUAUGUAAUACUAAUAGAAUUCUUACCAAAAUAUCCCAUAUUCCGACCUGACUGAGGAAUUUUAUUCAGUCACUUCUGUGUUACCUGUCAUUUCCUACCCUUAGUGCCUUGUAGGUGAUCUUGGAAUGAAGAUGGUCUCAUUGCUCUCUUCAACUUAUUCUUUAUAAUGGUAGAAUAUUAUCCUCAUUCUUUUAUUUGUGUUGGUUUAAAAAGAAAAUUUGCACAUCUUUUUUGUUGUUAAACGAAGCUUGUGUUUUGCACUCUCAGUUUUUAAAUAAAUACACACAUAUGUGUAUAUGUAUAGUUGUUAUUAAAGAUAAAACAUUAGUACUGGCGUUAAAAAAACAAAAACUUGUUUUAAGCAUGCUGCCUUAUAAUUUUCAUACUCACUGUUUCUAAAUAUGCAUCAUUUUUGUAGGCUACUUUAAUGCUCUGUAAUCCCUUAUUGAACAGACAUAAAGAAGCUUUUGGUAGCUUUUAGAAAUGGUUUUAUUCUUAUCUGCUUUCAAAGGACAUGCAAUUAGUAGCACUGGUUUUGUCCUGCACUUAGCUAAAUUAUCAUUUAUGUUAGUGGAUAAAAUAUUUAAACUCCUAAAGACUUGUAAAUAUUGUCUCUUUGCAUAAUGUAAAAUGUGAUAUGCCAUGGUUUACAGAAUUUAAUAUUAUUCUUAUUGUAUUGCCAACAAUUCUGCAUAGAUUUUAAUAUGAAUGAAGUUUGUAAGCAUCCUUUUAAAUGUACAGAUUGUUAACAUGCUGUUGUAUGGCAAAGCCAUAAUAAGUAUGCGAAAAAUUUCAACUGUAGGACAGGGUUGCCCUUUGUAAUGAGUUGAUUAAGACUAAAAUCACUGUCUAAGAUACUCUGCAUUGCACCUGAAACCAAGACCCUGAUUUUUUCGAUUUAAUUCAGUAAUUCCCAUUUUGUCCUCCAUUCCCACCCCCAAAAGAAUUCAUUUGGCAUCUGACACAUUUUAAAGCCUCACUAUUCUCAUUUAUUUCCCUUAAUGUUUCCUUUUCUGCAUUUGAAAAUACACACAAUUGUCAGCUGUAAGGUGUCUUUCAAGAUUUCAGAUGGCAUAGAUGGUGUCUAGACCCCCAUGAAAGCUACUGCUAAUGCCCUUCUGGGGUUCUAAUAUUCUACUUUGGGAAAGAGAAAGCCCAUUGAAAAGCUGUACUUAAAGAAUAUGUAUGUGGUGGGUAAAUCACAAUUAAUAAAAUAUUCUCAAUCUUAUUUUUGAGGAGUUUUUAAAUACUUGGAUAUUAUUAAUAAGGAAAGGCGAGUAUUUUUAAUAAUUCUACGUUACAUCAUCUGUAUAUUGUAUUGUCUGUUUAUCACCCAGAGUCAAGUCUCCUUCUAUCACUAUUCAUCCCCCUUUAUCCUUUUCUACCUCCCCCCAACCCCCUUCCCUCCAGUAAUCACCAUACUAUUGUCUGUGUCCAUGAAGGAAAGAUAAGUAUAUAGAUGAAAAUAUUUUAGUUUAUAAAUUCACCCCACAUGUAGGCUUUUCAUUGGUAUGUGCAUAUAUCUCUUAUUUCUUUUCUCAAUUAAGAUAAGUGAUGUGGCUCAGUGGUUUGGGUGUUGUCCUGCAAACCAAAAGGCAACCAGUUUGAUUCCCAGUCAGGGCACAUGCCUAGAUUGCCUAGGUUGCCGGCCAGGUCCCCAGCUGUGCGAGAGGCAACAAUUGAUGUUUCUCUUUCUUAUCAAUGUUUCCCUCCCCCUUUCUUUAAAGAUAAAGAAAGAAAAUCUUUUUUAAAAAGAAUAUGUGAUCCCUGGCUGGUGUGGCUCAGUGGGUUGAGUGCCGCCCUGCGAACCAAGGGUCGCUGGUUGGAUUCCUAGCCAGGGCACAUCCCUGGGUUGUGAGCCAGGUCCCCAGUAGGGGGCACAUGGGAGGCAACCACACAUUGAUGUUUCUCUCCCUCUCUUUCUCCCUCCCUUCCCUGCUCUAAAAAUACAUAAAUAAAAUCUUUUUUUAAAAAAGGAUAAGUGAGAGCAUUACACUAAUUCUUCUAGAACUUGAAUUUUUAACAAUAAAAAAGCUCUAAAUUGUGUUAAUUCAAUUGCAAAUGGAUGUCUAUAUGUAGGCAUUAUUUGUAAUUCUUAGUGAUAAAAAUAAAAUUAUAGUAUUUUAUUUAACAACUUACUCUUAUUAGUUUUAGUAAAGUUUUUUAAGCAAACAUUUUUCCCAGUGAAAAGAAGAAUGAUUUCUUCAUACAAAGUCAGACCUUUUAAAACCAGUUUUAAAAUGUAUGCCCAUUUUGAAAGUGACAGUCUUAUGCCAGUAAUAGGAGAAAAGAAACCCUAUUUAAUGUGUGACUAUAAUUUUUGCAUAAACAUGUUUUCACCUCCCUCUGCAGAGUCCCAUUACCAUGACACCUGGCCACUGAGAAUCUAACUUUUCAUAUGUCGUGUGUGCCUGCGAAUAUCAUCUGUCUGUCUACUGUACAAUUGAAGGUGUAUUUUUAUAGACAAGGUGGAAACCUCUGAAAAUGCAUACCAAAUGUCUUGUUUUAUAGCUAAGGUCAGGGAAAAAUUGUAUCUGUGGUUUAUGUUCCAAUUAAUAUCAUCAGGUUUAUGUUUCAAACUGUGACAGUUUAAUACCAAAAUUGAUUUGCAAAAUAAUAUAAAAUUUUUAAUUAUUACUAAUUUCUAAUUACAGAAUUGUCAAAUGAUACUUUUAUGUGUCAACCCAUAAAAUCUUAUUUUUUCCUAUGAACUUAGAAUUUAGUCAUGUGAUGGUCACAGUAAUUUUUCUACCAUGUAUAAAUCACACUUGGUUUUACUCAGAGAAUAGCAGAAAGUAGUGAAUUGGCUUUCCAUGAUAUAAAUAUUGAGACAGGAAUAAGAUACAUCUGGAAGUGACAGAGUAUAAUUCAAGCAACAGUAGUAUUUGUUAUAAAAACUAUGUGCCAGUAUGUAUAAACUUAAUUUUAAAACCUCUAAUUGCUCUUAAAUUUAUUAUUUUAUUGAUCAUUAUCCUGGUUGACCCAUCUUAUUGCCUUGAACUAUUCCAAAAAUAUCCACUGUUCUUUUUUACUUUCCUAUAUAACUCCUUUUUCAAACUAUUUGCCUCUGGACAAGGCUGAUUAACAUUUGUGUGUUUUGGAGUGCUUUGUAGGGGACUGUUUUCUUUUCAAAGAAAUUGGCAAAAGUAAAUGCUGAAAUGACACAGCACACGGUGGUCAUUAAUUCCUCCCCUAUCAAUCUCUUUUUCUUUUAUCCUCGGGUUAGUAUAUACUCAGAUGUUUUCAUCAAGUUAGUAAAAUAUUUUUGUGAAAGUUGUUUUUGAAGAAAGUAAUUUUCAAUUUUUUUUGCUGCAUAGUCCUUUAUGAAAUCUGCUAUGGUCAUUUCUAAAGAAAAUAACAUGUAUUUGCCAAAGCAUAUAAAUUUCACAAAGCUUUAAGGUUGCAUGUUAAAACUGGCUCUUCUCUAACUUUCCCUUAUGCAUCUCCACUCCAUUACCUUUUUAAACACCCAAAUUGUAUAUAAAAUGAAAUAAGCUUUAACCUUCUUCAGCUAUUCUUUGUUCCCUUUGAACCCUUCAUGUUAAUUUAGGACAGAGACCAUUGUAGUCAAAUGUCAGAAGUAGAUGGAGAAGUGCCUUGUUUUUUGUUUUUUUUUUUAACAAAGAUAACAUUUUUUGUGGCAGGAAGCAGAAUGGAUGAAAUGAUAAACAUUAGAUUUAAAAUACCAUCUUUUCAACUAAGUAUAUUUCGCUGACACAUUAUAUUUCUUCUUAUUAUUUAAAUCCUCUUUUCUUUGUUUUUCCCGUCAUGUGAUCCAUUAGUGACAGCAUAUUACAGAACAAGACUAUCAGUCACUUUCAAAACUAGUUUAAUUUUAAUGCUAGUGAAGAUAGAAUUUAACAUGGUUCUCGAAUAACAAUGGUCUUGGAUUGAAGCCCCACCAAAACCCACUUAAGUAUUUAGUAGACAUACUAUUCUUAUUAUUAUGACCUAUAAACACUAAUGUCUGUUCAGUUAAUCAGACUGUGUUAAUAUUUAGUAGUCUACCAUUUCCAAUGAAAUUUAUGUGUUUUUUUAGUAAUUGGAGUGAAGUUCUAAGCCUUUGAAUAAACAGGGGUUUUUCAAAUGUAUGAGAGCUUUAAAAAUCAUUAGCAUUUUGAUUUUGUUUACAAAUAAACCACCACUUACAAAAAGCAAAUCUCACUACUUAAACAAUAUUUCAUUAGAAUUGACUUUGACUGGGAGGAUGUGUGUGUGUGUACUCUUUAAUGGAAGGAAUUUCAAACUGUUAAUUUUUUUGCUAAUUUGAUGGUAAAAUGUUCAAAUUUAUUGAAAUUAGGUCAUCUUAUGCCUAUAAAAUUCUAAUUUAAAAAUUCAUUUUGCAACAAUUGUCAAAUUGUCUGUAUUCCUUUAAAUGGUGAACUACAGGGAAAUUUUCCACAGAAAAGAAAUAGAUUUAUUAACAUUACCUGUUUAUGUAAUACAUGGACUAAAAAUAAGGAUAGAAAUAAAAGAGUGAUUGAUUGAUUGAUUGGCAGACAGAUAUUCUCAUCUUGCCCCAAAUUUCUCAUUUUUGACUCAGAGCCUGCCUUUUCAUUUUGAUAAUGGCAACCUAAGAAUAUGUUUCAUUUUCUGUGGACUCUGUCAGAUUCAUGAAGAAAUAAUCUAAUCUUAUGGGCUCCAGGGAAGUCAUUUAAAUUACAUGCCAACCUCUUUAUCUAUAAAAUCAUGGGGUUGAACCUAGAGGUGGACAGAAAAUUAAAGAUUACCUAAUCACAUUUUGUGAUUCUAGGAACCCUUAGGAAAUUUUUACCCUAAAGAAUCUCAGAAUGAUUUUUUUUUUCAGAUCUACUACCCUUGGUAGGAACUCUGACAGUGCCUUGCACACAGUUAAAGUUUGAUUCACCAACUGGCUCCUAGCUCAUAUGUUAUUCAUAUCACACAGACUUAAAGAACAUGAUGCCUGCUAGACCUCAACCCUAUAUGGUAAUGAGAAUGAAUGUAAUUCGCAGGAACUGAGAACUGAGGUCUGUGGUCUUUGCCUAUGGGGGAUCUGACUAUAUAGUUGGUAUCCAGACAAGAACUAUAGCUGUAACAACAAUGGAGAUAUAGAAGGAUCUACUUUGAUAUUAAUGCAAAAAGAGUUUCAUAUCUUAUACAAUAUUGUUUCAGUUACUUAAUAAGCUCCAUAUUCUCACAAAGAUCCAUUGGAACAAAUUGAUAAUAUUAGAUGGAAUGGAAAGUGGAAUGGAAUCAAACCCAAGUCACUUCUGGUUGGUUCAAUUCUUAGUCUGUUACUUAAUUCCUCUGUAUCUCAUGUCCUCCUUGUGUAAGUGGGGACAAUAAUCUGGACCUACCUCACGGAGGAAUUGAGGAUAUUUUCAUAUAUUAAUGUGCUUUUUGAAGUUGACUGAAAAAUGUACUGGAUAUCAUAAUUUUGUAAUUUUUAAAUAUAUUGCUUUAAAUCUGUGUUAUGUUUUCUUUCUCAAACUCUACAGAAUAAGUGUUGCAAUUAGUCUAUUUUUCAGAAGUGAAUUUUAUCAAUCCCCUAUGUGUUAACAUGGGUAAUUGUAUGUUAUGUUAUAUUAUGUUAUGUUAAUACUCGAUUUAGGGAAGAAAAGCAGGUAGUUAUAAACUAGUGGUUCCCAAAUUGAGGCAGAUGAAGACAAUAGUAAAGGUAUCCUUGAACCUUUUUCAGUAUUUCAAAAAGCAUACUAGAAAUCAUAUUUACUCAGAAUAUUUCUGUUGCACAAGCCAACUACAACAUGAAUUUCUAUGUAUUUUGUGUAUAUUUUUUCAAUUGUCUAAUACUAGUUAUCACACACUGAUCCGAAACUGUGAAUGGCAGUUAUGAUUUUGAUUAAUAAAAAUGAGAAAACCUGUUAUAUGCAAUUUAGUAAACAAAAUACUUGAAAAAUGGGGGAGGAAUGGUAAAAGAAUUCUUAUGGUGAAAUGUUGGGAGCCACUUUUAUAAAGGAACUAAGAUUAUUUGACUCUUUCCACAGGUUGCUUACCUAAUCCCUAAAUAAUAAAACGCUAGAUUGUAUGCAUUGAUGUAUCUUGGCUAGAUUGGACUAUAUAACUUCGUGUUAGAAUUUGCCUUCAGGUAUUUGUUUGUUUGUUUCAGGAUUAUACAACCAAGCUAAUUUAUUUGGGUGUGUAUGUGUAAAGCAUACACACACACAGGAUUGCAAAUGUGCAAAAUGUUAAAAUGUCAUGUUCUAGCAUUACAGUAAAUAUCAAUUUCUGAGUCUCAAAAUAGUUCUGUGUAUAAACUCAAUGUGAUGUGUCACAACAAUAGUUUUUCAAAGUUCCUUUUAUUCCUGCUUAUUUUCUUUGCAUUUAUCUUGGCUUAAUUUUCUUAAUUUGCCAUUUUUCUAGUAAGCAAGUAGUAUAAAAUUGUUUUAAUGCCUGGACUUUGAAACAAGUUAGAAAUGUUUGAAAUUAUAUAAUCUACAAGCUACUUUGUCAUCCUUGGACUAACCACAUGUAAAUAUGAGUCUAGGCUGCAAAACCAAGAAAUCCUGGUAGCCAGGAAGCAGGCAUUGAUCAAAACAACUGUUUGAAAAACCCAGGAUUUCUACUUUUUGGCAGAGGAUUCCUGUUGGGACAACUUUACUAGAAAAGAAUAAAAGUGGCUAUGUCCAUGCAGACCAAGAACUUUAGUGCAUCUUGUAUUGUUACAUAGCCUGUGGAAUGAAUUCAUUUUUCUCCUUUGAGUUCUGGAGUAACCCCCCAGCAAGAACUCAACCUAUAUACAGCUGUGCCAAAAUGAAGAAUACCUGCCUCUCUGAAACUUUCACUGCUGCUUCUGUCAUCAUUUUACUUGUCAGAUAUAAAAUUUUAUUAUCUCAGGAUGCAAAAUUACAAUAAAGUGCAAAUCUAUGUUAAU